AUGUAUCUAAAGGGCGGUUUUUGGCUACCGAAUGAUUUUAUUGUUGAUCCAAUACCAUUAGCUUUAACAUUUGCUCAAUUAGCAAUAGCUAAAGGAGUUAAAAUUAUUGAAGACUGUUAUGUAGAAGAAAUUCUUACAGAACAACAACGUACUGGACAAUCGGAUCGUGUAACUGGUGCUGUAAUAUCAAAAGAAAAUUUUCCAACAUAUAUUCCAACAGUUUAUAAUCCUAAAGAACGUUUUUAUAUUCAACUAUUAGCUGAUCAUAGUGUAUUAAUUAGUGGUUUUCUACGUCAAUCAAAAUCUAUUUUUUCAAAUGGUGUUCCGGAUACAUUUUAUUUUUCACUUCUACCCGAUAAUUGGGAUGAUUUUUGUAGUGAAUGUGAAACAUUAAUUACUGGCGCUGAUAGUUUUACACCGGAUGGUCGAUCAAUAAUGAAUGAAUCAGCUGAAAUUGAUAAUUAUUUCGUUGCAUCCGGUUCUAAUGGACAUGGUAUAGCACUUGCUGGUGGUGUUGGAAAAUAUAUAACUGAAUUAAUACAUAAUGGAAAUACAAAUUUAAGUAUAUGGCCUGUUGAUAUACGACGUUUUAUGCGUUUACAUACCAAUAAACGAUUUCUUCAAGAUCGUUUACGAGAAAUACCAGAAGAUUUUGAAGAUUUAAGUAAACAAGGUACAUUUGGUAAAGCACGAUGGUUUAAUACAGUUAAAAAAGAAUAUAAUGCAUGUCGAAAAGGUGUAGCUGUUAUUGAUAUGACAUCAUUUACAAAAUAUGAAUUAAAAUCAGCAAAUCGAAGUGUUGUGGAUUUUCUUCAAAUGCUUUGUGCAAAUAAUAUUGAUAAGCCAAUUGGUACUGUUGUUCAUACAGGAAUGUUAAAUGAACAAGGUGGUUAUGAAAAUGAUUGUUCUGUUAUACGUUUAGGAGAAUAUCAUUUUCUUUUGUUGAGUCCAACGUCACAAUCAACUCGCAAUAUGAAAUGGCUUAAAACACAUGUACCAGAAGAUAAUUCUAUUUUUCUUUCGGAUGUAACUUCACUUUAUACAGCAUUGAAUGUAAUUGGACCAAAAGCCAAAUAUUUACUAUCCGAAUUGAGUGAUGAAAAUUUUAAUGAUUUUGCAAGAAUGACUUGUCAAGAAAUUGACGUUGGUUUUGUUAGUCACAUAUAUGCAAUGCGAUUAACACAUACUGGUGAAGAUGGUUUUAUGAUUUAUAUUCCAUCAGAAUAUGCUUUAUGUGUGCACGAUAUGUUAAUGGAACAAGGUAAAGGUUAUGGAAUCAUCAAUGCUGGGCCUUGGAGUGGUGAACCUAUUUAUCGUAAUGGUGAAUUUUGUGGAUUUGUUACUUCUGCAGCGUUUGGCUUUACACUUGGAAAACAAGUCUGCUUAGGAUUUGUUCAUGCACCUUCUUCAGAAAAGAUCACAGUCAAUUAUAUUCGUAAAGCUACAUAUGAAAUUGAUAUAGCAACGAAACGAUUUAAAGCACGUCCUAAUGUCUAUCAACCAACUGAAAUGGGUCCUACAGUUCUACUAUAUACAAAUUAA